GCUUUGGAUUUAAUGUGAAUAACAGCAACCCCACCAUAUGCAUCAAUGACCUCAUCACAAAAUUUAACAAGGAAGAGGGGACAAAGCUGAAGGCUUUAACUCCAGACUGUCUUAUUGCAAGAACUGUAACUGUGCUAGAGAGGCUUAUAGAUAUUUUCCAGGAGAAAGGGCCCAACGGAGUUCUUCCCCGUUACUACAAGUACUGGGCACACAGUGGUAAGCAAGUCCGUCUCUACAAUGAAGAGGGCCCAAUGGCAUGGAUAGUCGGGAUAGAUGAUUAUGGAUUCCUUCAAGUUCAUGAAGAAGGCAAGGGUGUGGAGUCUGUGCACCCUGAUGGCAACUCGUUUGACAUGCUGAGAAACCUCAUAAUCCCAAAGCAUUAG